AUGCGUAUGAAAGAUCUCAUCCCAUGCAAAUGUAGAGCUCAAAGGAGAAGAGAUCAGUGCUCCACGUGCUCCAAGCCCACAGUCGUACACCAUCCUCCUUCCCUUCCAAUCUAUACCAACACACUUCUCCAUCGGAAACCUCGGAAAUCGGAACCACACAGUCCUCCCAUCCAAGACAUGCCUCAACAAGCCAGCGCCAACUCAAAUCCGCACACAUUACCCCCACAAGUCCCAACAGAACACCAAGAAAUGAAAAAAACCACGCACGAUAACCAAGAUUUUUCCCACCCCCCUCCAUAAGCUCUUCUCCCCAACAAUAUCCCUUGGCGAUCUCCGAUCCCAUGCCUGCCCUCCUGCUCCCGUCCUUCACAUUCUCAUCAUCCGCUGAUAAGGCAGCGGGAAAGUUGACUCGGCUAAUCUUCUACUAUGAUUGGUUGCACACGCUUAUCGUGACUGACAGACGUAUUAUCGCGUGUUCGAUUUUAACCUUUGGGCGUGUAUCCUCU